UGUGGUUCCACUCCAAGCAUCCUUCGAUCUCACAGAAAAUGGUUUAGGUUAAAAAACGAACACAAGAAUGAAAAGAUUAAUGUGAGUCCCAUUUAACAUUGCCAAAAUUAUACUUUUUGUUGUGAAGUAGCCUAGCCUAUAGAUUUAGGCUGAUUGUUGCUAUGAUAAAACUGUUAUUUCGUGUAGUGCCAUAGGGCAGUUCAUAAACGUAGUAACUUUACAAUUGUGUCAAAUAUCAUAAGAACUCAGUGUGAUGUUAUGACCAUUAAUUUCAUAGCAGAGGGGGAGGAGUUAGUUGAGUGAGAGUGUAGGGGGGGGGUGUCAUUACAGAAAAUGUGUCCCUGACUGAAGUAGUUCAAUUUCUGCCCCACUACCGUCCGCAACAUCUACCAAAGCAAGCAUUUAAUGGGACUAAAACAUUCAUUUUCCUUCUUACGUGACUGUCACAUUCUAUCUGGACUCCGCAAGCUGCCCUGGUAAUUUUAUUAUAAGACUGAAGAUUUUGUACAAACUGCAAGCUGGUGCGCGUGAGUAGUGUCCCACCAAAGAUAACUAACGACAAAGAUGGAUGUGAACUUUUCCAUUAGUAGUAUCUUGUCAAUUGUCCUUCAAGCGCUCUUGUUGUCUUCUUCAUAUGGUUCGUUGGAGCCCUACGACCUUUUAUACAAUAAUGCCGUCGACGCCUUUUACAGAAGUGACUAUAAAGAUGUAGUGCGAUACAUGGAGGGAGCGCUCAGCAGCUACGCAGAGGUCCGCCAGACUAAAGUCCGAUGUCGAUUGAGAUGCCAGGUCCAGCACCCGUUUGAUUCUGUUUCCAUGGACCUGCAGUUCUUUGACGUGGUUCUCCGAAGAUCAAAUUGUCAGAACGAGUGCAUUGAAGAGAAAGUUGGAACACAGUCCAUGCACAAAGUCAGCGAGGAUGUCAUCCAGGAUUUCCACAGACGAAUCCCGUACAAUUAUCUUCAGUUGGCGUAUCAGAAGCUGAAGCAGUUGGACAAGGCAGCGGCGGCGGCCCACACCUAUUUCCAGGCCAACCCGGAGCAUGUGGAAAUGGAUCAGAACUUAGAGCAGUACAAGGCUCUGGAGGGGACCGACCAGGACCACUUUGUGGACAGAGAGGCCCGGCCCCAUCAGAGGUCCUUCUCAGCUGGGGUGAAGCUGUAUGACAGUGCAGACUACAAGGGAGCCAUCGCACUGUUCGAGGAAGCCCUCCAGGAGUACUACAGGGCCGACGUGGAGUGUCGGGCCCUCUGCCAGGGGCCCCAGAGGUUCGAGGAGCAGGACCAUGUCCUCUACCGCUACAGCCUAUACGAACUGGUCUCAGACCACUUCACCCAGGCGCUGCACUGUGAACACGAGUGUGUGAGAGACCUGUCCACCCGGCCCGGCCGUCUGUCUCCAAUGGAGAACUACCUGCCUCUACAUUACGACUACCUGCAGUUUGCUUACUUCCAGCUUAACAUGGUGGAGGAGGCAUUGGAGUGUGCCAAGUCCUACCUGCUGUUCCACGAGGGGGAGGAGUUUAUGACAGAGAACGUGGAGUACUACAGAGAGGCCGUGGGCCACGACAUCAAACCCCGGGAGAAGGCUGAGUGGUACCUGAGGCGCCAUAAGCAGGAGCUGGAGCUACUAGUGAUCGGCAGUGAGAACAUGCACGUGGAAUUUACAGAAGGGCAUUACUGGACCAGCACAGGUGGACGAGAGGAUUCUAACAGGAUUCCCUCUGGUACAGAUGGAUGGAUGGAGUAUGUACCCAUCUCAGAAAAGAAGAACUUCACUCUGGCCCCGCCACAGGAGCUCAGAGAAGGAGGCCCCUUGGUGUAUGACAGUGUGCAGCUGGUCCAGAACUCAAAGGCCCUGAACGGAACUCAGAGGGUUCUUCUGGAUGAUGUCAUAUCUGUGGACGAGUGUACUGAGCUCACAAACCUGGCCCAUACUGUCACUAUGGCAGGAGACGGAUACCGAGGGAAGAUGUCUCCUCACACCCCCAAUGAGAGGUUUGAGGGAGCCACUGUGCUGAAAACACUGCAGUAUGGCUACGAGGGCCGUGUCCUAUUGAGGAGCGCUCGUCUCUUCUAUGACGUCAGUGAGAGGGCCAGACGCAUCAUCGAGUCCUACUUCCUGCUCAAUUCAACACUCCACUUCUCCUACACACACCUGGUGUGCCGGACUGCCAUCACAGGGCAACAGGACCAUAGAAAUGACCUGAGCCAUCCCAUCCACGCUGACAACUGUCUGUUAGACCCAGAGGCCAACGAGUGCUGGAAAGAACCGCCAGCCUACACCUACAGAGACUACAGUGCUCUGCUGUACCUGAAUGGAGAUUUUGAGGGUGGGGAGUUCAUCUUCACAGAAAUGGACGCCAAAACAGUCACAGCACAGGUUAAGCCAAAUUGUGGUCGUAUGGUGGGCUUCUCGUCUGGUGGGGAGAACCCCCAUGGAGUGAGGGCCGUCACCAGGGGGCAGAGGUGUGCCGUGGCCCUGUGGUUCACCCUGGACCCCCUAUUCAGAGAACUGGAGCGCCUGCAGGCAGAUGAGGUGAUGCAGGCGUUGGACAACCAGAGCAGCCAAUCACAGUGGGACACAAGCCUCAACAUCAACCCCAAAGACGAGCUGUAGUAGUCCUCCAGCAUCCAGCCAAGCACCCCCCAAAUCUUUAUAUCGAUCUAUUUAUUUAAUGAAGUUUGGAUCAGAACAAUUUUAUUUUUGUACUGUUUGAAGUGCAAGGUUAUAUAGUUAUUGUUUGUGUUGUCGUCGUGGCUUUAGUCUGUUGUUCUUUUGAUCUUGUGUGAUUUAUGUUUUUGUGCAUACCAGUACUUGAGCUCCAGUCAUUGUGCCCCACAUUUUAAAUGUCCAGUUCACUUUGUGAUGGCUUUAAAGGUCCAGUUCACUUUGUGAUGGCUUUAAAGGUCCAGUUCACUUUGUGAUGGCUUUAAAGGUCCAGUUCACUUUGUGAUGGCUUUAAAGGUCCAGGUCCAGUUCACUUUGUGAUGCCUUUAAAGGUCCAGUUCACUUUGUGAUGCCUUUAAAGGUCCAGUUCACUUAGUGAUGCCUUUAAAGGUCCAGUUCACUUUGUGAUGGCUUUAAAGGCCCAGUUCACUUUGUGAUGACUUUAAAGGUCCAGGUCCAGUUCACUUUGUGAUGCCUUUAAAGGUCCAGGUCCAGUUCACUUUGUGAUGCCUUUAAAGGCCCAGUUCACUUUGUGAUGGAUUUAAAGGUCCAGUUCACUUUGUGAUGACUUAAAAUGUUCAGUUCACUUUGUGAUGACUUUGUGUAGUGUGCAGGUUGCACACAAGGUUGUUACAAUACAGACCUGUCAUACAUAUGUACAGUUCUUACUGCACUGUGAACACGCGAAAGAGAAGAACGGCAGUUGACAUUGUUGUUCUCUGUUAUAGAAAAAACGGGCUGUUUAUAACGUUUAAAACAUGCACUCAUAAAACAAAAGUAGUGGGAUUAUUUCUUUCAGGCGGUGUAAACACAGUUAAUAUGUUUUAUCUAUUUAUUCAUUGAAACAUUGGCUGGAAUAUAUGCAUUUACCGAGAGAAAGAGGUCAGGCAUUUCUUACAAACAGGGAGCUAUAAUCCUUUUCAGUGACUGACAAUAAUGAUUGAACUUAUCUGUCAAUAUUUUAUGUGCACUUUCUUUUUGUUUGUAGUGUGAUAAAGAGACAUCAUCUUCAUAACUCACGUCCCUCCCUAGCUCAGGUCCAUGGCGUUAGCAAGACUUACUAAUGCUUUGGACCAGAGCUAAUCCCUCCCUUCAAUGUAAUCAAACGCAGAGCAAGAUAACUGUUUACAAGUUAGCUUACACAAAGGCAUGGUGUGUGUGUGUUUUUUUUGUGUGUGUUUAUGUGUCUGUUUUAAAGAUAGACAGCUGCUAUUGCAAUUGUCGGCAUUUGAUAUUAGACGCUUUUUAAUAAAAGAUGUCAUUUAUUCCUGUUUAAAGGAAUUCUUAUUUUAAGGUGGCGUAUAGGUGUCCUUUCCUUUCAAAAUGUCCUCAUUUCAUUGGACAAAAUAGACAGACAGGCACACGCACUGUUAUAAUCCAAUGGAAAGAAAGUGCCUUGUGUACUAUGAUAUUUCAAUGAUACAACUGCUAACUAUACGUAACUUAUCCAUUUUAAGUUAGAGUAGGGUUUUAUCUUAUCUUUUGAUAGGGAGGAUGGCCACUCACUAAUAUUUAAAUAUAAAUUGCUGUAGCACAAACAAAUUGUUGUAUCCAUCUCUUUUGUUGUAAUGUGUACUUAUAAAUUAAAAAGACAAUAUUUCAUAAAAUAACUUAAACUGUGUCCUUUGUUAUUUCGGAAUGUUUAAAUUGUUUACAAUUUGUCAACACAUUGUCUAUGGGUUCAGUUGUAACAAACAACAUUUAAUGAAGUGGUUUUACAAAACUGUAUUUGAAAAUCUAGACAUUAAUAUGACUAUAAGUAAAUAGAUCUUAAAUAUCUAGAUAAACACAGAGGUAAAUGAUUUAAUCAUUUAUAGUACUGACUGUUCCAAUUCAGAUUUUUCUAAUUACUAAUUAUGUAUACAGUAUCAAACCAUCGUUCUUUUAAAAUUUCUUGACAUCUAUAGUCAGUGCAUUGUCUCACAUCAGAUAGCCGUGGGAAGUACGGGUUCUGAGGAUGCUGCAGCACCCCCUGAAAAAUCUAAAAACUUUAUAUACACUACCAGUCAAAAGUAUGGACACACCUACUCA